AAAAUUUGGCGCGAAACCGGCUUGAGGCAGAGCGCGUAUUUACAUCCAGCUCAUUUGCAUAACGGUGACGCAGUGUGAUUCGGAGGUUCGGUGUAGUAGACUCAGUCACGAGACUGCUGAUAAAAGGACGUGUCGUACGAACAACCUUCAGAUUUCAAGCGAAAAUUUAGCCAAGAAGGAGCUUGAUUUUGCAGAAAUACCACAAGCAGCUUUCAAGGAACACUUUAAAGACGACAGCGGACCAGCCUGCGGGACAGACCUGCUGACAUGAGCGUCACCGCAGACAACCACGCACCGACACACGGCAACCACACGGCAACGAGCAAGGGAGUCAACGGAACCAUGAACGGAGUCCUCAAAGAAAAUGGAGAUGUCUCCGCAGCUGACAUCCAUGUAUCCCUAUCACAGAAAGGAGUGACGCCGGCCGGGUUGUUAUCAGCUGACAGCCUGAUGACGUGGAAGGCGGAUGGAGCCGUGCAGCUGCGCAUGAGUGAGACAGGUGCUCUGUCACGCCCACCUGAAACUGUACACGCCAUGUUCACCAGAGCUGUGAAGAACUACCCCGACCAGACCGCCCUGGGGGUGAAGAGAAACGACGUUUGGCUGAAGUGGACGUACCAAGAGUACUACGACGCCUGCUGCAAGGCUGCCAAGAGUUUGAUCAAGCUUGGCCUGGAGAGGUUCCACGGUGUCGGCAUCAUCGGGUUCAACUCCCCGGAGUGGUUCAUGGGUCACCUUGGAGCCAUCCUGGCAGGAGGUUUUGGUGUGGGCAUCUACACAACCAACAACGCCGAGGCCUGCCGCUAUGUGGCAGAGAGCUGCGAGGCAAACGUCAUCAUUGUCGAAAACAACGUUCAGCUGCAGAAGAUUCUGAAGGUCUGGGACAAGCUGCCCCACCUAAAGGCUGUGGUGCAGUACACAGGACCUCUGGAGCAGAAACGUCCAAACCUCUACACGUGGGAAGAGUUCAUGAAGCUGGGCUCUGAUGUGGCUGACAAGACUCUGGAGGACCGCAUCUCCGCCCAGGUGCCCAACCAGUGCUGUGUGCUCAUCUACACAUCAGGCACCACCGGAAACCCCAAGGGAGCCAUGCUCAGUCACGACAACAUCACGUGGACAGCCCACUACGCCUCGGAGUACGCGUCCCUGCGGAUGGGGAAGGAGAUCAGCGUGAGUUACCUCCCCCUCAGCCACGUGGCAGGGCAGAUGCUUGACAUCUUCGCCCCCAUGUGCAACGCAGGGAGCACCUACUUCGCACAGCCAGAUGCCCUCAAGGGUUCCCUGGUGCAGACGCUGAAGGAGGUGCGUCCCACGGCCCUGCUGGGCGUGCCCAGAGUCUGGGAGAAGAUCGCGGACAAGCUCCAGGCCAUCGGCAGGGAGUCACGAGGCAUGAAGAAGAAGAUCGGCACCUGGGCCAAAGGCAUCGGCCUGGCCGGCAACAUGAACAUCAUGAAAGGACACUCUCCUCCGUGGGGCUGGACCAUUGCCAACAUGGUGGUGUUCCGUAACAUCCGCAAGGCCCUGGGGCUGGACAGGUGCCGGCUGCAGUUCUCCGGGGCCGCGCCCAUCGCCAUGGAGACGCUCCAGUACUUCAUGAGCAUCAACAUCCCCCUGUACGAGCUGUACGGCAUGAGCGAGAGCACAGGCCCCCACACCAUGGCCCUGCCCCAUCACUUCCGACUGGGCAGCUGUGGGUCCGAGUUCCCAGGAGCCACCACUGUCAUCAAGAACGCUGACGACGAAGGCAUCGGAGAGGUGUGUUUCUACGGUCGGCACGUGUUCAUGGGGUACCUGAAGAUGGAGGAUAAGACACGAGAGGCCCUGGAUGAGGAGGGGCUGCUCCACUCAGGAGACCUCGGCAAGAAGGACCAGGAGGGAUACCUCUACAUCACAGGCAGGAUCAAAGAACUGAUCAUCACGGCGGGCGGAGAGAACAUCCCCCCUGUCCUGAUCGAGGACACGGUGAAGGAGGAGCUGCCCAUCAUCAGUAACGCCAUGCUCAUCGGGGACAAGAGGAAGUUCCUCUCAUGCCUACUCACUCCUAAGGUUGAGAUGGAUGCAGAAACAGGAGCGCCGACAGACCAGCUGACCCAGCAGGCCAUCGACUUCUGCCGGAAGGUCGGCAGCCAGGCCACCAAGGCCUCCGAGAUCGCCGAGGGGCGGGACACACUCAUCAACGAGGCCAUACAGGCUGGUGUCACCAGAGCAAACAAGAGAGCCGCAUCCAGAGCACAGAAUAUCCAGAAGUGGCUACUGCUGGAGCAGGACUUCUCUAUUCCUGGGGGAGAACUAGGCCCGACACUGAAGCUGCGCCGUCCAAUCGUCAACAAGAUGUACGCCGACACGAUUGACAAGUUCUACGCCGAGCCGGCCCCCACCCCCGGCACAACUCCCAUGGAAGAGACCAAAGUGGCACGUUAAAGGGGGGUUUCCUCUGCUUCAGUGAGUUGUGACCCAAGCAACAACAGCUAGAAAUGGAAUCUUCUAAACAUUUAACAAAUAAAGAAUAGUAGGAUUGCGACAUCUGAAAAGAUUGUCAUCUUACCUGGAGUUUUUGCAGACUUGGAGUAGGGCUGUGUACCUUAUACUUACACCUGUAAAAAUCAUUUAGGUACAGGUCUGGACCAGAUCAUCCCGUAUACCUGUACGUUAUCUGUGACCAAAGCUAGAUGCAGUGAAAACUAAUAUAAUUGCUAUUUCUCAGGGUUUGACCAGACAUAGACCUUGUAACUAUCAGUCAUGCAAGCAAGCGAGAAACUCCAGACAAGAUGAUAUCAGAAGCGUCACAAUACAUACUCAAGUAUCUCAGCUUGUAUACUUUGAGACUGAGCAGUGCUUGAAGAUUGUACUGUAAGCAUUGAAGUCAGUACUCAAAAUCUCAAAAUAGUGCAGCUGGGAGCAAAGGUUGUAGAUUGGGAACCAAUUAAACUAUUUAACAAAUUUCAGGGUGUUGGCUAAUUAUAAUGCUGUGAGGCAGAAGCAGUUUAGGCUGGAACUACAGUCAAACCUGUACAAGUGUGACCCUCUUUUUGGUGGUCCCUUGAAAAAUAUUCCGGUCCACUGACCAUCUGUCCACUGAUCCUACGUAUCGGUCCCCUUGUGCAGUUUUGACUGUACUGCAUUAAUGCACAACUGAUGGCUAAUGUACAUGUACAAAGGUGUUGUAGUGAAGCAACAGCAACAGUUAUGACGUUAUGAUCUCUUCCAUGGGGUGACUCGCAGCUGUACAAACCUAAGGUGGGGUUAGAUAAGAUGACGUUUGCUGUGGUUCUUAUGUGUAUCUAGUGUCUCCCCCACCAGAGUCACUGCAGUGGCCUUAGGGCUUGUCCUGUACAUGUUUGUCAACACAAGACUUCAGAGACACUUCUCUUGCUAUCAAGGCCUUGUGUAGAGAACCACUCUCCAACCAGAGGUUGGUGGCGGUAUAGCGACCAAAAAAAACCCGGGGCAUACAAUAUAUAAAAAGGUAACGGUAUCUUCCCCCACCAACCUCUGCUUGGAGAGUAUAGAGACCAAUGAAGACUACUUAGUCAUACAUAACCAAUGCACUGAUCAGUGCUGUACACUGUAUA